AUGGCCAACCAUCCGUUAUUUCCACAGGAUCAACAGCAGCCACAACUGCCACAAUACGCAGAUAUUCCACAAAGUCUCACUCCGUUGUUGAGCCAUCAGCUGUUGUACGACUUUGAUGACACACCAGCCAAGAUUGAAGAGUUGAAAAACUCACCAACACAAGCACCGAAACAACAGCAGCUGCCACGAAACUUGCAAAUGCAAUCACAAUUUGACCACCAGCUUGACCUAUUCCAACCGUCGCCACAGCGUAGGUUCCCACCAUCAACAGCUCCAAGUCCCUUGUAUGUGACUGAAGAGCCCUCUGAGGACAAGAUUGCUCAAGAUGCCGAACAAACGGGUCAUGACUUGCAACUAUUCAACAAGAACCAUGUUGACUUUGAAGACAUGACAUUUCCUGAACUCAAACCUUUGACUUUGCCUGUAACCAGUCCGUUUAAGUUUGACUUGGGAGAUCCGUUAUUUUCAGAUUUGAAAACGCAACCACAACCACAUCCACAACCGCAACCGCAACCUCAACCACAUCCACAAUCACAACCUCAACCUCAGCCACCUGCAAAGAAGAGAAAGGAGAGUGGCGGAGCAAAGACAAGACCUGCGUUCGUGAUGAAGAUUUGGUCUAUGGUGAAUGACAAAUCCAAUGACGAAUAUAUUCGAUGGAACGAUGAUGGAAAGACUUUCCAGGUAUUUAAACGUGAAGAUUUCGUGCACAAGAUUCUACCUGCUUACUUUAAGCAUCAGAAUAUGUCCAGUUUUGUCAGGCAGUUGAAUAUGUAUGGUUUCCACAAGGUUCAGGAUAUAACUAAUGGAACAUUAUACCCAAAUGGUGACAAGAGCGGAGGCGAUGAAGUUUGGCAAUUUGAAAACCCAAAUUUCAUACGAGGAAGAGAAGAUUUGCUAGAUAAUAUUGUUAGAAACAAGUCUGUGCCCCUGGAAGAAGCAUCACAACAGUUGACAGACACGCACAAUAUGGCAAACGGAGACUUGAGUUUGAUUUUGUCAGAAUUGAGCCAAAUCAAAAAGAACCAAGCAAGAUUGAACGAAGAGAUAUUGCGUAUUCGCCAAGAUAAUGAAAACAUGUACAAUGCAAACUAUAUCAACCGGGAAAGAACGCAACAACAAGGUCGAACUAUAAACAAGAUUCUCAAGUUCCUUGCUGCUAUAUACAACGACUCCACAAUCCAAGCGCAAACUCCAGCAGGCGAAAAUGUGCAAUUUUCUGAUGUCCCAUAUCGUCGUCGUCGUCAACAAGAGGAUGGACAGAACCCCACUUACCAAUCACCAUCAUCUGUGUCCUCAGACAACCGCGGGUCACAGGAUACAACAGCAGAGCAGUUUGUCAGAAGGCCGCGGUUGUUGCUUACGAACCGCCCUAAUACAACCAAGUCCUACUCUUCGCCGUCAAUUGAGUCGGUCAAGAGGCGUAAAUCAAGUCAUCAUCGUGUAUUACCUAAUGAUUUCAUGAAUGGAGGAGGAGAGAUUGACAAUGGCAGUGGUAUUCCGUACAAUGGACCAGACAUUGACCAACUUGAGAGUCAAAUACGGAGCUCGGAUCAGUCGAUUGACCAAGUACAAGACUGGAUUGAGAAACUUUCGCAACAACAACAACAACAACAGCAGCAGCAGCAGCAACCUCUACCGCAACCACAACCACAACAGCCACAACAACCACAAUCACAAUCACAAUCACAAUCACAAUUACCACAAAUAUCAACCCCACAAUUGGCAGGAUACCCCGAAUAUGACGAGGAUUUCAACGUUGAUGAUUUCUUGAAGAGUAAAUGA